ACGAACCCAAACGGGAAAAGCGGCGCGCGAGGGACGGAGGGGUGACUUGGGCUCGCUCGCCUCCCACUUGCCCUUCCUCCCAAAACCCUUCCUCCCGCCGCCGCCGCCGCCGGCUAAACCCCCUCUCCCCGCUGCCGCGAGGACCAGCCGCCGCGCGCCGGCCAUGGCGCCCGUUGCGGCUCCAAUCCGCGACCUCCUCACCUCCUUCAGCCCCAGCGCGGACUUCCUCGCGCUCUCCUCCGGGGACGGCCGCAUCAAGGUAUGGGACGCCGUGCGAGGCCGCCUGCAGACAGAGUUCGCCGACAUCCCCGCGGUGGAGGUCGGCGCGGUCGCCGAGACGAAGCGCGGUCACCUCGCCCUCGAUUACACAUGCAUGAAGUGGGUACAGCUCUCCAGCAAGAAGAAGAGGAAGGCUGGGAGCUCACUGCUCGUGCUUGGAACAGGCAGUGGGGAUGUACUAGCCCUCGAUGUUGCUGCUGGACAGUGGAAGUGGAAGGUCAGCGAUUGCCAUCCUGGGGGCGUGACAGCUGUAGCAUACUCCAAGCAUGGGCGGAGUGUGUACACAGCAGGCGCUGAUGGCAUGGUCUGUAGGAUUGAUGCCUCAGAUGGGUCGGUCCUGGGGAAAUUUAGAUCUUCUUCGAAAGCAAUAUCUGCAUUAGCUGUGUCAUCAGAUGGAAAUAUUUUAGCAACAGCAGCUGGCCAGUUGAGGACCUUUGAUACUUCUGGCAACAAAAAGAUUCAAAAAUUCUCUGGGCAUCCGGUUGCUGUGAGGAGCAUGGUUUUUAGCAAUGAUAGCCAAUAUGUUCUGUCAUCUGGUAUUGGGGAACGGUAUAUUGCCAUUUGGAAGUUGGGUAGUGAUAAAACUCAGAGCUCAAACUGUAUACUGUCGAUGGAGCACCCAGCAAUAUUUGUAGACUGCAAAUGUUCAGACGAGGGAGAAAUACACGUGUUGGCUAUUUCCGAGAUUGGUGUCUGCUAUUUCUGGUCUGCAAGUAACAUUGAUGACUUGCGUAAUAAGAAGCCUACCAAGAUCUCAGUGUCCGAGUCCUCUCUAUCAAGAGCUCAGGCAUUCUCGAUAUUUGCCGCGAAACUUCAAGGAGUGGAUGGACCUACUUCUGCCCAUGUCCUGCUGGCUUAUGGGUCUGUAGUAAAACCAUCUUUUGAAAAACUUUUGGUUUGUUAUGGUACGGAUAUUAAUCUGGGCAUUUCUCAAGAUGGAGUUCUCUUGCCAAAUAUUCAAACCACCAUGACAAAGAAAGACCAAACUGUGAAGAAGCAAGAAACUGUCACUGCUCUAGACCGAGCCAAUGCCGAAGAUGCCAUCCUUCCUCUUCCAAAGCUCCAUACGCAGGAAAAGAAAAGGAAACAUGGUGUGACAAAACCCAGUGGUGACAUUGAGCCUGCCAUUCAUAGUGACAUCACCACAGCAAGAUCUAUACAGAAAAGAGUUCCUGUGCAAAGAAUCGAAGAUGACGGUAUAUGCAUUGAAGACAUGAUGAGGGAGUGUGGUGUCCUUGAUACUGGAGUAGAUCAGAGCAUUGAAGGCCAUCCUGGCAUUCCAACUAAUAUUUUUUCUGAGUUUUUUGGUGAUGGCAGCAUAAAAGCUGAUGCUAAUUUACCCAGCAAGAAGAUUCGAGUGCAUCUAAGAUCAUUGAAACCUGAAGAUGCUUGCAAACUCCUUGAAAAUUUAGUAUCUGCAUGGAAAAUGAGAUCUGGUAGCACAAAGCUUGUUUUGCGGUGGAUAUACUGCCUAUUAGUUGUUCAUGGCCGUUUUAUUCACUCUGAGAAAUCCACAAAACUGAUUAGCAACCUUGAGAAGAUGUGUUCAGAAAGAUACUCCGCAACUGAAGAUCUGCUGAAGCUUUCUGGCCGGCUUCGGCUAAUAAAGGCUCAGGUUGACAAGGUUGCUAAUAACGCAUCUGAGCAGCCAUCAGAGGAGAUUCAAGAUGCUGCUGCUGCUAUUCAGUCCGAGGAGGAAGAGGAAGAGGAAGAAGUCGAUGAAAUGGUGUUUGGUCAGGAUUCAGAUUCAUCACAAAAUAGCGAUGAAGAUGCUGAGUAGACUGCCGCUGGUAUUCCCCAUUCUUGUGUGCGUUAUUGUAAUUUUCAAGCUUGAUGUCCCAUAGUCAAGUUUGUAAAACUAGGCAACACGGGAAGGUUGCGCAGAAUUUUGACAAAUGGAGGUUACAUUUGAAAGACGAACUCGAGUGGUUUUGUUUCC